CACGCCCGCAGUCCCGGGGGUGGCGAGGGGUGGCGGCCUAGCGGAUGCUGAGGGCUGAGGCUCAGGGCCAAGCGAAGCCGAGCGCCGUCCUCUGUCUCCUUCUCCUCGGUGACCUGCGCCGCGCUCCCGGCCCCUUGCCCUCGGACUGAGCCCGCGACCCGACGCCCGGCGCCCUUCAGCGGGCGGCCCGCGCCCCGGCACCUCCUCCCCCUCUCGGCGCUUUCCUCCUCCUCCUCUACCUCCUCCUCCUCCCCCGCCUCUUCCGUUUCUGGAGGGAAAGGCUGCAGCCUCCAGCUCGACUCGGCAUCCGCGGCUUAGGUAAUACGUUUUCCUCCUGACACCUCCCCUUGCCGGGGCGCCCCUACCUCCCUCACUGCUCGGAUCCGAUCCCCCCGCCGGGCGAGCAGCGCGCACCCUACGCCUCUCCCCGGGGCAGCUGACGCCCAGAGGGUGGGUGCCUCCCUUUCCACUAGCAGCUGUAACUGAAAAGCAAGGUCCCGAGAUGUCAGAUAUCCUUCGAGAGCUGCUCUGUGUUUCUGAGAGAGCUGCCAACAUUGCCCGGGCAUGCAGACAGCAGGAAGCCCUCUUCCAGUUGCUCAUAGAGGAGAAGAAAGAGGGAGAAAAGAACAAGAAAUUCACAGUUGAUUUCAAGACCCUGGCUGAUGUACUGGUGCAGGAAGUUAUAAAACAGAAUAUGGAGAACAAGUUUCCAGGUUUGGGGAACAAAAUUUUUGGGGAAGAAUCCAAUGAGUUUACUAAUGACUUGGGGGAAAAGGUUAUCUUGAGGCUGUGUCCAACAGAGGAAGAAACUGUGGCGCUUCUUAGCAAGGUCCUCAAUGGUAACAAGGUGGCUUCUGAAGCUUUAGCCAAGGUCGUUCAUCAGGACGUUGCCUACACUGACCCAACUCUGGAUUCCAUAGAAAUCAACAUUCCACAGGACAUUUUGGGAAUCUGGGUGGAUCCGAUAGAUUCAACAUAUCAGUAUAUAAAAGGUUCUGCUGACAUUAAAUCCAACCAAGGAAUCUUCCCCAGUGGACUCCAAUGUGUCACCAUUUUAAUUGGAGUCUAUGAACUACAGACAGGUGUGCCUCUGAUGGGAGUCAUCAACCAACCUUUCGUAUCACAAGACCCAAACACCCUCAGGUGGGCAGGACAGUGCUACUGGGGCCUUUCUUAUAAGGGGACCAAUGUCUAUUCGCUUCAGUCUCCCGUCUCUAAAAGAAACACUAGCGGAGCGCCGAGCAGGGCGACCCGAAACAGCAGCUCAGACGCCGAGUCCUCCCACCGCUUCUCAGCUGUCAUCAGCACCAGCGAAAAGGAGAACAUCAAAGCGGCACUGACACGCGUCUGUGGAGAUGGCAUAUUCCGGGCAGCUGGGGCCGGAUACAAGAGCCUCUGUGUUGUCCAAGGCCUUGUUGACAUUUACAUCUUUUCAGAAGAUACCACGUUCAAGUGGGACUCGUGUGCUGCCCAUGCCAUACUGAGGGCCAUGGGUGGGGGAAUGGUAGACUUAAAAGAAUGCUUAGGAAGAAACCCAGAGACAGGGCUUGAUUUGCCACAGCUGGUGUACCACGUGCAGAAUGAAGGCGCUAUAGGAGUAGACAGGUGGGCGAACAAAGGAGGACUGAUUGCAUACAGAUCGAGGAAGCAUCUGGAGACAUUCUUGAGCCUCCUCAUCCAAAACCUUGCACCUGCAGAUCCACACAUAUAGACAAGCCUGACUUCAUAGAUGUAUACUCCGAACUGUGGAACCUUCUCGCGCCUUUCCUUUAAAGAUAGUUUUGUCCAAACAGUGGUCAAUAUUUACCUUCCUCUUUUGAGGAGCAGUUGUCCAUUGUGUGUGUUUAUAAUUUAAUUUCAAUAAAGGAAUGACAUUCUUGUGGCAAU